AUGUCCUUCGACUUAGCACACCUUCUGCAGAUUUUGGAUGAUUUGUCAUUGGUGGAACCUGAUAGUGAUACCGUUCGGCAACUUCAGGAAUGUCUUUCUGCUCCAGAUAGUUCAUUUGAAUCUCCCAAUUCUCAAACUAUUUUUCUUACCAGGUUAGCCGCCAAACUCCUCUCAAACCCAACGUCGCCUUCCUGUUAUGACCUUCUGUUGCUUGCCACAUCAAAGGCUUCUGCUGACAUUUGGUUUGACGUGCUUGUUUCGCAUUUACAGCAAAAAGGCUUACAAGCUGUGGCAGUUAAGCUUUGUCUCAGUCUUAUCUUGAAGUAUUUUCUUGAAUUUCGUCGUGUCCCUCAUCUUUUGCUCGCAAUAAGUUGCAUGGCAACUCGGCUUUCAGGUUCUGCUUGUCACACCUUCCUUGUUGAAAAAACUCGACGUCUGUUACAACUGCCCACUCUUGUCACCAACUCGCUUAGGACUGCCCCCUGUCCACGCCUUUUUGAACCAGAAAUCUAUUUUCCUUUUGUCGUGAGACAUGCCACUGAAGUCGCCUGUCCCAUUCUUAACGGUGUGCUUGUUUCUCAAUCAUGUUUACUGGGUUUCGGUAAGGAAAUUUGGAGGGCGGUUCUGCAUCAGGUUUCUCGUUCAGUGGAGAACUCCAUCACUUGGGGUGCAGCGCUUUCUCGGAUUCAGGAGAGAGCCUUGGAAGCAACUCUGCUUCCUCUCCUUAACCAGGCGUCCCAUCCCCACAUGGUCACGCUGUGUCUUUCUUCCGCCCUUGCGCCGAUGGAAAACCAGUUAUUCCGUCUGUUUCAUCGUCUCCUAAUCUUUCGCAGCCUUACUCCUCGAGUUCCCAUCAACAUAUUCGGUUUUUUGAGCGAGAACGCUGUUCCUGAUUUGGUCGCACGAGUUGAAAGGGAUCUAGGCUUAUGUCUGCUUCAGUGUUGGUCAGAUUCAACGGCUUUGCGAACCACUUCCUCGCAAAAACGCAUAUACUUGAAUCAGGCACUUGUCGUUUGGGUUGGUACCUUUCGAGAUUCUAUCAUCAAAUCUCCAUCUUACUCUGAAAUGUUGUCCCAUGUACUACGUGGGAUAACCGUACAUUUAGCCUGCAAUUUGGAGGAGCAGAGGGUUUUGGGCAUGGCUGUUGGUGAGUGGUUGAUCGACCAGUUCCAUAGCGGUGGAAAAGGAACAGCUGACGAUGACUUACAAGUUCUCAAGUUUGAAUAUGUGGAGAACGAAGCUGUAAAGCUUGUGAAACCCCUAUUUGAACCCAUCCAGCCUUAUCAUAAUCCUGAGAAUCAAAUGGACGAAAAUGUAGAGAGACUCUUCGCUUGCAAUCCAACCGUACGGUUUACAAAUACCGAAACGAAAAUGGACAAAGUGGACAGUGAUGACGAUCCAGAAGAAGAUGAAACGGGUGUAAGAUUUCAGCCGCUUCCGGAGUAUAUUACACCUGCUCCCUCCGGCUGGCCUUUUCGUGCUCGUCGUCCACAUUACCUCCGAGAAUGCCUCGAUGGUUUGGGAGGCGCUAAGCACAAUCCUGACGAUAUGGCCAGCAACGAGGUGGCGUUGUCUUGCUUUGCUCAUGCAGAGGAGCUCAUUUACCGUCACAAAGGUGGCGCUGUGGAUGAGGUUGCGGCGGUCUUCGCAGACACUCUGCUGCACAUUGAGCCCCCUACCUGUCCAUACGUCAGAGAGGUAAAUGCCUCACGCCAUCGCGCUUUGGUUGCCCUUCUGGUGACUUCGCCUCGUCGAACGGCUCGUUACCUCACUGGACAGCUGACUCAGUCUGGUCUUGCCCUUAACCAACUCUCUGCCGUUAUUGCGGCACUCACUGAUGGUGUGUGCUGUCUACGCUCUAAGUUCACUCCUGUGGCCGGCGACUUCUUCUUCCCCACCCUCCGAGCUACUCAUCUGCUACUUAAGCGCCAACCCGGCGUUUAUGCUCAUCUUGACGAUGCCGUGCUAGCUCGACUUGUGGCAUCCCUUGGAGUCAUGUAUUCAUGCGGUCGCAACUCACCCAUGCUUCCACGAAUGGCCGAGGGACUUUUGACUCUGAGUCCCCUUAUCUUAACAAAUUUUAGUGAUCCUGCUGUGCGGAGAUCAUUCCUCUCUACCCUGAACGUUGUGCUUACCGUCACGCCCCCAUCUGUAUUCACUGCAAAUCAUGAACUCCUGCUUAAUCCCCACUUGAAAGAUAUACUUUUCAAAACAUUUCAGGCCGACCCUGAUUUGGAUUGCCAGCAAAUGGCAGGAAUUGCGCUGGGUUUCUUGCGCAAACAAUUUGUCGAGUUACUUGGUGUAAAUCCCAGUGACCUUGUGUUAAAAGAUUGA